UUACAUAAAGGGUAAGUUAAAUCUACUGUUCGUUACAUCGUCUCUCUCCGAUCUCCAUCGCACCAUCUCGCUUACCUUUCUCCUUCGAUCCGUCGUUGAAUUCCCCUUUUUUCCCACGAGUUGAUUUCAAAUUGCCAAUUCCGAGUUCUGUUUGAGCUGAUUGCGUAGCGAAUUUGGAGCUAUAGAUACCGGUGACAGUGCUUUCGACGGAGUAAUGUGGUGAUCUAGGGUUUGGAGAAGGGGCAAAAGUAAUGGCGGGAGUAAGUAUGGAGAAAUUCGAGGAGUAUUUCCAAAAGGCGGAUGCGGAUCGCGACGGCCGGAUCAGUGGAGUUGAGGCGGUGGCUUUUCUGCAGGGAUCCAAUUUGCCUAGACAAGUUCUUGCGCAGAUAUGGAUGCACGCUGACCAAAACCGCACUGGUUUUCUCAGUCGUCCUGAGUUUUAUAACGCUCUUAAGCUUGUUACAGUGGCUCAAAGCAAGCGAGAAUUGACGCCAGAUAUUGUUAAGGCAGCUUUAUAUGGUCCGGCUUCUGCCAAAAUCCCACCCCCCCAAAUAAAUGUACCUGCUACCCCUGGACCACAGCCAAGUCCAGUAGCUGCUUCACCUUUGACACAGGUGGGCGCCACUUCCCAACCAUCUUCUCAAAGUCUUGGAUUCAGAGGGCCUGCUCCUCCUAGUUCAAGCUUUAACCAGCAAUCUGGAACAGUUCUGUCAACUUCAGGCAUAAACCAACAACUUAGACCGAUGCCUUCUUCUACUGGUAUGAACCAGCAGUUUGGGAUGGUACCUUCAAGUACUGGAAUGAACCAGCAGUAUGGCCAGGUACCCCCAGGUACAAAUAUGAACCCACAAUUUUUCCCUUCUCAAGGUAACCAGAUGAGACCGCCUAUAACAAUGCCUACUGGUCCUGCUUCACGUCCACCUCAGGCUGCUAGUGGUCUUAAUGUUUCUGGAGGCAUGACUGCCGCUGGCCUUCCGAACUCAAAUAACAGUUGGUCGGUUGGGACAGCUUCCGUUGGACCUGCUACACAAGUCUUGGAUAGAGGCGUUAAUCCAUCCAUGUCAUCAGUUGCUCCAAAUUCCCAAGACCCACUUUCUUCAUUAUCAGGCGCCAAGGAUCCUAAAGCAUUAGUUAGUUCAGGUAUUGGGCCUAAUUCGGCUGGCAUGUUUUCUGGUGAUCUGUUCUCUGCAAAUCAGUCUUCAUCCCAAAAAGUUUCUUCUGUUCCACAACAACCUACAAGUAGCCUGCCUACAUCCUCUGCCGUUGUCCCUGUUAGUUCGAGUGCGCAGCCUUCGGCCAAGCCUGAUCCAUUUGAAGCUUUACAGAGCACUCUCAAAAAACCAUCUGCUACAGUUUCGGCUGCACAGACACAAUAUGUCCCCAAGUCUAAUCAGCAGGCUCCAACUCAAGUUACGUCCUCAGGCUUGACACCUGGACUCCAGCCAGGUGUGGGGAAUGCAAUGCCAGAACCCUCACAGAUUUCAUGGCCAAAAAUGACACGAGCUGGCAUUCAAAAGUAUGCAAAAGUUUUUAUGGAAGUAGACACCGAUAGAGAUGGGAAAAUAACUGGUGAUCAGGCACGUAACCUAUUCUUGAGUUGGAGACUGCCAAGAGAGGUCUUAAAGCAGAUUUGGGAUCUAUCGGAUCAAGACAAUGAUAGCAUGCUUUCCUUAAGGGAAUUCUGCGUUGCACUCUAUUUGAUGGAGCGGUACAGGGAAGGAAACCCUCUUCCAUCUGUGAUCCCAAAUAGUGUCAUGCUCGAUGAGACUUUAGUAUCUUUGGCAGGUCCACCUACAGCUUAUGGGGGCAUAGCAUGGAGUCCUGCUUCUGGAUUAAGACCACAGCAGGGCUUGCCUGGUGCUCAACCAGUUUCACAUGCUGGUUUAAGACCACCAAUGCAGCCAGUAGUUUCUCAGGCUGAUGGAUCAAUGCAAUUCAAUCAGAAUGCUGGAGGUCAUACAUUUGAUAAUUCACAUGGCAAUCAACACAGUAAUGGGCUCACCAAUUCUGUGGAUGUUGGGGGUCAAGAAGCAGCAGAAACUACUGGAAAGGUUGACAACAAGGACAAGGUGCUCUUGGAUUCCAGAGAGAAGCUUGAAUACUAUCGAACAAAAAUGCAAGACCUUGUUUUGUACAAAAGUAGAUGUGAUAAUCGACUUAAUGAAAUCACAGAAAGGGCUAGAGCAGACAAAGGCGAGGCCGAGUUGCUGGAGAAGAAAUAUCAAGAAAAGUACAAACAAGUUGCAGAAAUUCAUUCAAAGUUAACUAUUGAAGAGGCUUCAUUUCGCGACAUUCAGGAGCGGAAGAUGGAGUUACAACAAGCAAUCACCAAAAUGGAACAAGGUGGAAGUGCUGAUGGUAUUCUUCAGGUGCGUGCUGAUCGUAUACAAUCCGAUCUUGAGGAACUCUUAAAGGCAUUGGCUGAACGCUGCAAGAAACAUUCUGUAGAAGUUAAGUCCUCAGCAAUAAUUGAGCUUCCCCAAGGUUGGCAACCUGGGAUCCCAGAGAUAGCAGCGGUAUGGGAUGAGGAUUGGGACAAGUUUGACGAUGAAGGAUUUUCUUUUGAUGUUGCCCUUCCUGAAAAUGGGAAGCCAGCAUCUGUUGAGAGAGAAAAUUCUUCUCCAACCCAUAGCUAUUCCCCAGACUCCCCAUCAAAUGCUUCCACGCCCGAGAAACCCUUUGUUGCCGAGGCUAGUGCCUUUGAUGCAGAAUCAGUUUUUAGUGCAGAUGAGUCGAAGAGUCCACGUGGAAGUCCAGGGAGGACAUACGAAAGUCCGUCUAAAGAAUACUCAGAGAGUCAUUUCAGAAAAAGCUCUGAUGGUGAUGCUGAAACCCACAGAGGCUUUGAUGAACCUUCUUGGGGUGAUUUUGACAACAACGAUGAUAUUGAUUCAGUGUGGGGCUUCAAUACUAAGGAUCCCGGCGGUGCAAAGAACGAAGAAAAAUAUUUCUUCGGCUCUAACGAUUUUGGUGCAAGUCCUGAAAGAAGCAGCUCUCCUCGUGCAGAAAGUGCCUUCCCAAAGAGUAACCUGUUCUUUGAGGAUUCUGUUCCCAGCACCCCACUUUCGAGGGCUGGCAAUUCUCCUAGGUACGGCAAUGAUUCAAGAGACCCGUUCGAGAGUUUCUCAAGGUAUGAUUCGUUCAGCACAAACGACCAUGCCUCGUCACCCCGUGGAGAGACCUUUACCAGGUUUGACUCCAUAAGUAGCUCGAGGGGCAUUGACCACAGCAGCAACUAUUCGUUUGAUGACUCUGAUCCCUUCGGUUCUAGUGGCCCAUUUAAGGUCUCGUCAGAAACAAGUAAAGAAAAAUUCUAAAAGAUUAGGUGGUUAAUACUCGUGAACUACUUGAACAGCAGCAGCAUUGAGAUUUUACCGGCGUUUGAUCACUGCAGAAAUCAGCAAAGUUUUGUAGUAUUAUAUUGCUCCAGAAUGAAGACAGUACGACGUAUCGCGUCGGCAUCAUCGGCGCAUUCUGCUUCGCGUAUACGCCGUGAAAGAUUAUUACAAGACGCAGGAACGCGACAUUUGAAGAAUUUUUGGGAAAUUUCGUUAUCUCCCUUUCUGCUGAAGACAUGAUCUGCUUUGUAUUCUUUUCAUUAUUUUCCCCCCAAGAACUGUUUCUUUUUUAAUUCUGUUUUGGGAUUCUUGUUUCUCUUUUCUUUUCCUUAAUUCCCAAUUUGUUGUUUUUUGGGGUUUGGGAUGUGUGUACAAGAAAAUAUCUAAGGUGUUGUAGUUGAUUGAAAGCAGCAUGUAUUCCUUUUGUAAUCUAUAUUUUGAUGAUGUACUGAAUUUGGUGUUGUAAGUUGACAGUUGUGCCUUUCUGAUGGGAAAUUCUCAAUCCGCAUUCUUUAUUUUA